AUGCCAUUCGGCUCGCUCUCAGUCUCCAAUGCGGCUAUUCCACAAUAUGCUCCUCCGUAUCAUGUCGUAGAAAAUCGUUGCGACUUUACAAGUGAAAACGUCCUCACAGUUACCUACCAAACAUCCUUACAAUGUGUACGCCAUCUAGUACCCAAUAUGCUAGAGCUCGACGACGAGCCACAGGUAUCAGUAAUGAUUGUGGAGCACAAAAUGACGUCCUUCGGUCCAUACAACGAGUACGUCCAUUCAGUCAAAGUCAAAUACAACGGCGACACAUUCGACUAUUUUCUUUCUCUCAUCUUGGACAAUGAAGCGCCGAUUCUCUGCGGCCGCGAACAAUUCGGGUUUCCCAAAAAGUUAGGCAACGUUACGUUAGCGUCAAAAAAUGGAUCGACAAUUAUUAGGGGCUACGUGGAGAGACCUGCAGGCCAAAAGAUUCUUGAAGUUGAUUUUCAGCCUGAACACAGAGUGAAGGGAAAGAUGGAGACUGCCAUCCAGGGAUUGAAUUUGCGAGUCAUCCCUUCGGCGGUUCCGGGUCACAGUCCGUCUGUUAAGGAACUGGUACCAGUGGAUAUCAUCAUGGAGGCAAGUGAGGUCUGGCAAGGCGCUGGAUCUAUCUGCUUCCCGGAGCCGUCACGAUUCGAUCCAAUGCACGAAGUCAAGGUUCUUCGAUAUGGAACAGCGACUCUCCUGCGGAAUGCGUCCCUUGUGAUUCCCCUGCCGGCAAAAGUGUUCCAGCUAUAA